GUGGGCUGAGGUAGAGGCUCAGACACAAGAGUUGCUGCACAAUGUUGCGAGGAAUUUUCCUGAUAUGCUUUUUUGUUCUUGGAUGUACUUUAAUGGGACCUUCACUAGUUACGGGUGAAGAGGUCACUGUUAAGCCAAUACUAAUAAAUGGCACUUAUAUAAACCCAGAACUUGGUAAGUAUCAUGCCAGGCUGAGAAGUCUGAGUCAGAGCUGCAAGGACAUCAAGGAGAAAUUUGGAGCGAACACUGAUGGAAUAUACUACUUAACAACAGGAAAUGGUGUGGUGUACCAGGCGUACUGUGAUAUGACCACUAAUGGAGGAGGCUGGACACUGGUAGCCAGCGUGCAUGAGAACAACAUGAAUGGAAAAUGUACUUUAGGUGAUCGCUGGUCGAGCCAGCAGGGUAGUGACCCCAAGCGACCUGAUGGCGAUGGAACGUGGGCUAACACUGCCACGUUUGGUACUGCAGAGGGAGCUACCAGUGAUGACUACAAGAAUCCUGGAUACUAUGACAUCAGCGGGGAGGAUGUAUCAGUGUGGCACAUUCCUAAUGACGUCCAGCUAAAAGACUGGACCAAAGACUCAAUCCUGCGCUACCACACCGAAACCAAGUUCCUCAAGGAGAAUGGUGGAAACCUUUACCACUUAUUUAAGAAAUUUCCAGUAAGGUUUGACGCAGGAGAGUGUAAUAAAGAUAGUGGUCCCACCAGUCCAGUGGUGUAUGAUAACGGGGACAACGACAAAGUCAAAAACUUCUAUGGACCAUCUGUAAGAGAUCAGUUCGAGCCUGGCUUUGUCAGCUUCAGAGUGUUUAAUGAGGAGAAAGCAGCUAUGGCCAUGUGCUCUGGAAUCAAACCCACAGGAUGCCACACUGAAUAUUACUGCAUAGGUGGAGGAGGACACUUUCCAGAAGAAGCUCCUCGUCAGUGUGGCGACUUCACUGGUUUUGACUGGAAUGGUUAUGGAACUCAUACUGGAGAAAGUGCCUCCAAACAAAUUACAGAGGCAGCCGUUCUGAUCUUCUAUCGUUAAGGUGUUUCUUAUGGUCUUUUGAAAUCAUGUGUUUUUAUGGCCAAAAUUCAAUUUUAGUCAAGUUUAUAAGAAAAAAAAAGACUAAUUCCACUUUAACUGAUUUAUCGAUAAAUUAAAUAGCAGAACUAAUCAAACAGAGUGGGCAAUGUGAUUAAAACUGAUAUCAUUACAUCAUAACACCAGCAGGUUAGAUUAAUGAUAAACUAACAGUAUGUGUGGAAAUGUCCUCUUAUACGUCUGGGUGUUCCUAAUAAAAAUGACAAAAUCUC